CUUGAGUGACUCUGCGGAAGCUAUUGGCUCCUCCUGAAACCUAAUUUGCAGAGAUGACGAACAAACCGUUGGAUUCACUACCUCCUACUGAAACACUAGAGAUAGAGAGUGGAUUGUCGCUGGUGCCACGCGUUAGGCUCAAUCUCACAGUGUACUCGUCGAGCCAAGUUGUGACCAAACCCAUCGAUGAGUGGAAGAUGAAGCAGACGCUCAUAGACUUCCUAAAGAACUCGCUUUCUGUCUCCAUCACCGUCCCUGAAGAUGACCUCCAGGUCAGACGGCUCAAGGACCUCAAGAAGCGUAAGCGCGAUGACCCUGUAGCUUUCGGUACACUGUUCAUUCGCGACCUGGGGUUUCUGAACAAGACCAGUAAGAGAAACGAUGGUGAGGAAGAAGAAAAGGACGUAAAGGAGUUGGAGAAGAAGUUCCUGGACUGGAGAAAGUACAUUGUUGAGAAAAUGGAUGGGAUUGAGCUCAAUAUCGAAGGGGUCAAGUACAAGCUAAACGUCGAAGUUCCGGAGUCUGAUAAUUUUGAGGCCAUGAAGAAAGCUUGGGAGGAGUUUUACGCUUUUGGAAGUCGGGGGCUUUCGACGAGAGGGAGGCAAGAGCCUGAUACCAUAAUACUGAGGGGUGCUCCGUCACGCUGGUUUGCAGAGCCCCGGGUUUCUUCGAAGCCUUCAAUGCUGGUUACCCAUACCAUCUUUUCUACAUUUGGGAAGAUAAGGAAUCUUAAUGUUGCUGAGGACGAUGGUCUAGGUAAGGACGCGAACGAAGAUGGUGGGGACUUAAUUUCAGGUCUCCAUUGUAAGAUUGUGGUUCAGUUCGAGAAAUACCAGGACUUCUAUAAUACUUUCAAGGUGUUAUGUGGCCGCUCAUUCCAGAAGCAAGGAUCUCAAUUGAGGGCUGAUUAUGAGGUUACGUGGGACAAGGAUGGAUUUUUCCGAUUCUCAAGAAAUCAACCGCAUGAAAAUAGUAGCAGGAUACGGGAAACAGCAACAACACAGCACAGAAGUGAAGCUCCAAGGCAUCGGCAACACAUCUCUCAAUUCAGUUCCAACCAAGCUCCCCGCAAGAGGUUUAAGGAAUAGGGCAGUUGAUCUGAAAAUUCCCUAUGGAGCCGGGAGUUUGAAGUGUUAGAAUAUGGCAUGAGUCAAUGUAUGACAGAAAAGACUAGUCUUCAACUCUCUUAUUGGUUGGUGGACAUGAUGCCUUGCACAACAUCACAGCAGCACUUUAUUUUUUAGGAGUUGUUAAAUCGUACAUUCAAGUGGGGCAUUUCAAUCCUGAAAGAAGAAGAAGAAAUGUUUGCUAUUUGCUUCAUCAUCCUUUUUUUCCGCUAACGGUUUGUAAUGUAUCCUUGGUCUUGGGUGUAAGAAUUUUGAGUGUUUGAAUAGUAAGAAAUUGAGUGGAGAUGACUCUGUUGGUCGAUUUGCUUUGAUUUGAUUUGAAUAGUAAGAGAUUUGUAAGAA